UACAUCAAUGCCUAUUUCUAAGUAUGGCCUUUGGCGCUAGUCAAAGUUUCCGACUGCAUUCAGUACCAUUGCUUUGCCAAAUCAUUCAAAGGCAAAGACAAAGGCAAGAGGGGAGGCGAAGCAGACACAACGGAAUGCCUAACAAGUGCAAUAUUUUGGUUGUGGUGAGUACGAACAUUACAAGCGGUUUUGUCCUACUGGUAAUGAUGUAUCCAGAUAUCGUGGGAAGAACAUUGGUUCAUUUUAUGUUUGUGGUGAGUUAGGUCAUUUGGCGCGGGCGUGUUCUCCCAGAAGAAUGGUGUUGGGGCGUGACAAAGUGACAGAUGCGAAACAAAUGCAGAGUACAAUGAAGCCUUUAAUGAAGAAGACGGUCUCGAGAGAAAGCAAGAGUUCAUUUGCUGAGGCGGAGAAAAAGCACAUGGCAUCAUGUCGUUGGACUCAGAAUGUAUUUAGUGAUCCGUCGUCGUUGUUGGUGUCUGUUUGUAUUGGGAGGAAGGCAUGGAAUUGUUUGGUAGAUACUGGGGCGUCAGUUUCCGUGAUUUCACACAAAUGGCUAGAAAAAUUUACCGGUAAACAAUCACAGUUGGAAAUGCGAAUAGAUUUAUUGCCUGAAGGGUUUGCACUCAAGAAUGUAGAUGGCUCUGACAUUCAUGUGACAGGGAGUUUGUCAUUAGUGAUUAGGAUGAGUGAAUGGACUGUCUCUCACAAGUUUGUUGUGGCUGAUGUUGACAUACCAGGACCCAUCCUAGGGAUCGACUUCUUGUCACAACAUGCAGUAGUUUUGGAUCUAAAGGAGAGACUGUAGUCUGUAGUCGCCUCACAACAUUGAAGAGGUGACUACAGUAGAGCAGUAAGGUCUAGUGUGUGGAAUGGUGGGUACGGAGAUGAAUGACA